CUUUAUACCGCCCUCCAAUUGAAAUUAAAUUUCAAUUUAGAAAUUCGGAAUACUAUAUCACAGCUACGAUAAUGUCUGAAGGAAAAGUAGUAAAGAGAAGACCAGCAGCGCCGAAAGCCAAAUCCAAGAAACGCCGCCAAGACGAUGAGAGCGGAUCUCGGAAACGAAGAAAGCCAACUGCUUAUGAAGAGGAUGAGGAAUAUCUCGACCUCGACGCCGGUGUGAAUAAGAAGAUCUCUCUAGUUGACAACUUAUUACUUGCCGAUCACCUUGCCAAGAAGAUUAGGAGAUUCGGGACCGAUUUAAGCCCCGUUGAGCUCAGCCAACUAGACAUAUCACCAAGCUAUAUCACAGAUACCACGUCAUUUCAAGAGAUACGAACUCUAGACAAUCUCCCCAAUUUUCUAGAAAAAUUCAUAGACCCGAAAAAGCUUGGUGAGGCGCCAAAGCAGAAUGGUUCACCUCACACUCUCAUCGUCACUGGUGCCGGCUUAAGAGCCGCGGAUCUCGUUAGAUCCAUUCGAAAAUAUCAGACGAAAACCAACGCCAUCGCGAAACUGUUCGCCAAGCACAUAAAGGUUGAGGAAAGCGUGCAAUUCCUUGAGAAGCACCGCACGGGAAUUGCUGUAGGCACGCCCGUACGACUGUCCGAUCUAGUCGAUAAAUCCGCCCUAAAAUUAGACAAGCUCGAGCGUCUAGUCGUCGAUGCCUCUCAUAUCGAUCAGAAGAAGCGCGGCGUCAUGGAUAUGAAAGAGACCAUGCUGCCGCUAGCUCGCUGGUUAGCGCGCCACGAGUUCAAGGAGCGAUACGCCGAUCCCGAGAAAAGCUUACAGUUGCUAUUCUAUUAAGAAGAGAAUAUGGAGUUGCGGUCAGGUUAUAGAUAAAAGCAUGAUUACUUUAUGCAGGUGAUCAUUAACACACUAACAUUCGUCUUCAUUCCAUCCAUAAUA